AUGGUGCCCAGAGGCAAGACGCUCAAGCUGGGCCACGUGUGGGUCCAGAAACUCGGGGCCAUCGGCAGAUUUAAGGAGCGAUUUUGCGUAUUGACAACCAACAACCAGCUCGAGUACUACCAGAAGCAAGAGGACUACCACGUGCACAAGGUGAAGGGUGUCAUUCCUGCGCUGGACACCUGCGUCAUCGAUGUGCUGGCAAUCGACAAGAAGCAGUCCCACUCAUGGACUGUGUGCAGCGCCGGUGGGUUGUCGCUUCAGGGGUCAGGCGAGCCUGUUGCUGAGUACCGAUUCCUGCUGGCCACUGAAACCGAACAGGAGAAAACCAACUGGGUGCUGGAGAUCCUCAAGCUGCGCCAGGUCGAGGCGAUCAUCGCCUUGCUGGACCAUGCCACUCUGCACACGUAUGCAGCGCACGCACUCUCGAAUAUUGCCUCGGGUCGCGAUGAUGUAAAGAAGGAGGAAAUUGUACAGAGCGCAGGGCAUCUGCGGAUGCUCCGCUUCCUUAAGGAUUGCCCCGACGAUGCCAAGCUGCACUCGACCAUUAUCUACGCCCUCUCUCAAGUCGCCCUGCUCGAGGCCAACAAGGAGGAGAUCGGCUGCUCGUGCUUCAAGAAACUGUACAAACUAUUUACGAAAUCUCCCAACGAAAGCGUGCGCGAGUACGCCCUACAGACGAUCGCCCAUCUGGCCACCACACCACACAACCAGGACCGACUGUGGCUGUCGGGCAUGGGCGACAGCCUGAGCCAGUUGGUCGGGGCGAAGGACAGUGUACAGAGUUCUGCCAAUGCCACGCUCAAGUUCAAGGGCUACGCGCUGCUUGCGUUGGGCAACACAGCCGCACGAGAGGUGUACGCCUGGCGCGUCUCCAAACUCAUGGAGCACAUCCCCGAGCUCCUCUACCGCGAGGGGGAAGAGGGCGCCUCGAGCACCUCUUUCGAGCGGGAUGCGGCCGAGUGUGCGCUCAUCGCCCUUCUCAACUGCGCUUCGCAUGCGUCCGUCUAUCAGGACGAAGUGCGCGACAAGACUGCUCAACUGCUGCACCACCUGGGCUCGGACUGGAUGCUCAAGUCCGACUACAAGCGGAUCAGACACCUGUCCCUGCGGCUCGCCGCCAUCUUUGCGCGAGAGGAACAAAACAGGAAAGCUGUUGCGCAGGCUGGAGGUCUGGGCAUGGCCCUGGAGAUCAUACAGGGCGGCGAGAGCGAAGACUUGGCAAAGCUCCGAGAGGACUCGGCGCUCGACUCGGCGCUCGCGCUUGUGAAUCAUUUCGCGCAGGACGAACGUUUCAUCGACACGGUGGAUACGACGGUCAACAUCGCCACCCUGUUGAGGUGCGUGGCUUCGUGCGCGCCCGACCUGUAUGCCCCCGCAGCGAACGUCCUGCGGCAGCUCUAUUUUCGGCGACCAGGCGAGGCCAAGCAGAGCCAGACGGCAUUUCUGGACCUCUUCUGGAGCCUUUGGCCGCGAUCCGCCAAGCAGUCGUUCACUUUCGGCAAUAUCGUGGCGCUGGAGCACGGCUCGCAGGGCUCGGUCGCGUUCAAAUUAGCCCCGAUCGCCAAACCGCUUCGCGGGAAGAUCAUCUGCGACGUUCUGCAGGUCGUGGAGAUCUCGACGCGGUGCAGCGUCGGACUGAAGGCGAUGUGCUAUCCUACCACCAACCAACAACCAACCGGCAGCCACUCAACCGCGCAGACCACCGACAAAGCAGAGCUGCAGCAACAGGCUUCAUCGCCGGCUAGUCCUGGAUCCAGGGGCGGUCGGCCCGACGGUGCCAGCUGCUGGCUCGAGCGCCUGGUGGACUGCGUGAAGGCCUGGUCGGAAUCCGACGCCAAGGAGGAGAUUCGGGACAAGGCGCAGGAAAUUGACGCGCUGCACCAGCUGUCAAAGCUGAAGGCCAGCCUCGACGGGCCAUUUGGUUCGCCGCGCAGCAAGCGAAGUCCGACACUGUCUUCAUCGCCGAAAGAGGCGUCGCCCCGGCUGACGCGGGUCAAGAAGGAAAAGGCCUCGACCUGGUCCAGCGCUGUCCCCACCAGCCCGCGCGGCCAGGGGCCUCUCACCAGCCCCCGCGGCCAAAGCCCCAGCCCGACCGCGAGUCCCAGACCCAGAGGCCAGAGCAAGCGAGUCUCACGCGACAAGAAGGAAAAGAAAAAGAAAGCGAAAGGCGAGAAGAAGGAAGCGGAGGAAAGCGACGACGUGAUCACCCUGCUCAUCACCACCUUGAGCAACUGUUCCGCGCAUGGAGCGGCGAGGACGGUUUUGGGCUCGGCCAAGGCGGUGUCGGUCAUGAUCGCUUGCAUGCCGUCGCUCGGCGAUCGGAAGAAGGCCUUCAUUGCCUCCACCCGCUUGCUGGCCAACUGCAUGCGAUUAGAAUCCUGCCGCGGCGAGGUGCUGGCCAACUCCCACCACCUCAAGUACCUGGUCGCGCUUCUGCGCGACGUCAACGCCUCUGUGCGGGCACGAACACAUAUUGCCCGCGCAAUCGCUUCCCUCCCCUAUUCUGGAGCCGCCGUUCUGGCGAAGCACGAAGUCGCUGAGCAACUAAUGAAGGUGGCCGCGACCGAGUUUCUCGAGGAGAAGAGGAAGCUGCGCAAGAAGGAGAAGAAAAGCCACGGCUCUCUCGUCGAUCACCACGCCAUUUGGGUUCAGAACCUGCUUCUGGCUCUACGCAACUUCUCAGCCUCCGGACGCGCUGAAGCUGUAGGCUUGCGAGAGGCGCUCGGCCGGAGCGGUGCCUGGGAUGCGGUCGUGAGCCAAUUCUCCGCUCCGACAGCCGACACUGUCCAAAUCGCGGCGCUGCGCGUGCUGGCCUUGGCCGCCGCUUCCAUCUCUGGCAAGGAUCGCACGCUGUGCGCUGUUGAGGGCGUGGACCAGUUUUUGAAGAGCGACAACGAGCGGGUCAAGGAGUACGCCGCUCAGGUCCUCAACUUCAACUUUCUGAAGCACAAGCGAGCAAGUGUGACCUCGUCACUGCCCAACGUGCGUGAGAUGUUUGCGGUCAUACAAGUCUCCCAGAACCCGGUCGUGCUCGAACAGCUUCUGGAGGCGCUUCACCGAUUGCACCUCUACACCGACCGGGCGGACGACGUAGCGCUCCUCCGACGGGCGGCGGUCGAUCAUGUGGCGGUUCUGACCUCGCUUCUCGGCGAUCCACACACCAAAGCCAUCCGCUUCUACGCAUCUAAGUUGAUCAUCAGCGCCUCGGUCAAUGAUGAUGCCGAGGUGGCCAUCGGGAACCCGGCUUCGCUUCUCGCGUUGGCUUCGCUCUUCAACAACCCCGGGGUCACUGUGCGGCAGCCCGGCGAGUGGUCGCUCCCCACCGAGAACCGGUCACGCCGCAAGCGAAGAAAAGAGGCGCAGCAGCAGCAGGGGAACGAGGCGGUGGUGGCAGCGAAGGCAAGCGAAGAAAAAGAAGAGACCGACGGCGGUGCCAAGCAGUACGAAGACAAAGACGAAAGCGAAGGCAGCAGAUCUUCUGCAGGAUCGCGAAAGAACGAAAAGGAGAAGAAAAAGCAGAAGAAGAUCAAGAGCAAGAACAAGGAAAAGGAGAAAGAAAAGGAAAAUGAGGCCCAUUGCCGACAACAGCACCUGCUGGAGCUCUACGUGCGAGGGCCGCCCGGACCGACGCUGGCCUUCGAGUUUGCGGCCGAGGAGCUCUUCGUCGAACAGUCAGCGCGGGCCAUCGCGCAGGGCAGCUACGACCAGACGCUGCCGGAGCCGCUGGGCUCGCCCACAUCCAUGCGCGGGCGUGACGGGGCGGCCCAGCAGGGACUCGACCUGCCCCUGGGGUCCGCCGGCGGGCAGGGCGGCAAGCGGGGCUCCAUUCACAAGACCCGACUGAUGACCCUCACCCAGCUCAACCCGAGGGACGUCGCAGGCUAUCUCGAUCACGAAUCCCAAUCGCCGCGUUCGGCGGGUAGGAGCGACGCUGCCGCGUCUACUCUGGCUUCGUCGCCGUCGUCCGAAGGUGGCGACAGCAUGUCGCCGCGCACGCUGGCCGCCCGGCACCCGCGGCUCGGGCUGCAGGGCAAGCGCGUGAGCUCGCGCAGCCUGGGGAACUCGUCGGGGGGCGGCAACCUGCGGCGCAGCAUCUCCGAGCGCACGUCCAACGAGAUCCGAACGAUGCUGGUCGGCCGGGCCGACGACGACCCCACGGCGGGCAGCACUCCUCGAGGCGACAGCGUAGAGGCGACGAGCGACGGGCAGAGCGAUGGAGUGUCGACAACGACAAGCGACAAGUACGCGCAGGCCGCAGCCGAGACCAGCCCGGCGUCGGCGAAGGGGAAGAAGAAGGAGAAGAAGGAAAAGGACAUGGAAAAGGAGAAGGAAAAAGAGAAGAAGCGGAAGACGCGACGGCUGAACGUGUCGCGAUCGGUGCGCAGCUUCGAUCGUAUCAACAACGAGGGGACGAGCAGCUGCGAGGAGCUGAUGAGCCGGGCCAAGCGGGUGGACGAUAUGAAGGCCGCCAUGAAGCGCAACGCGAGCGCCUCGGCCGCGGCCUCAGCCGCUGGGAUUCACGGCAAACGCGUCUCCCCGACCACCUUCCGCCCCUUGGGCCACGAUGAUGACGGUGACGAUGAUGAUGACGUGCCGGUGCUGCCGCGGGAGCGGAGCGGCUCGGCGAGCCUCAUCGUCGGCCCGGUGGGCAAGAGCCUCCACAACUCGCUGCUCGACGACAUGCACAAGCGCAGCAAGAAGGCGGCGCCCAAGAAGGAGCUGAGCCACUCCGACGGCAGUCGGACGGUCGAGACCCCCGCAGCCGCCGGGAGCGAUGGCGUCGGCGUCGAGAGCAGCAAGAGCAAGGCCAGCAGCAGCGAGAAGAAGUCGACGACGGCGACGGCGACGAUGGCGGCGGCGGAGGACGUGGCGGGCGUGGAGAAGGUGAAGAAGGUGAAGAAGGGCGCGUCGGUGCGGGAGAAGCGGAGCAAGAAGCCGAUGUCGGCCCGAGUGCUGAGCGCCGACCACGGCCGCACGCAGCAGGUCAAGAAGGAGGGCGAGAACGGAGACCGCAAGCGCACGCACAGUGACAGCAUGCUGGCACCACCGACGACGAAGAAGGAGGGCUCGCAGCAGCAGCGGCAAGAUGGCGACGAAGGCGAGGAGGGCGAAGCGAAGAAGGACUCGCUGGCGGGCCGGAUCUACGGCGAGAAGCAACUGCAGGCCUUUGUGAACUACUGGGGCAUCGUACACCCGGAGUUUGUACCGCACGGUGAGUCGCUGCUCUCCUACUUGCAGGAAAACAUUUUGGUCACCGGCCACGAUGACGACAUCGAGCUGAGCGGGGUUAAGGGUGACGACGACAAUGGCCCCAGCGGGUGGGCGCAGGCCAAAGGCGCGGUGGCCGCGGCCAGUUCGCUCACCAUCCAGGCCGACAAGCAGACCGUUUCCUACUGGCCCGUGGGGAGUACGAUCAGCGCCAGGCCCCUGGCGAGUGCCACUACCACGACGGCGACGACAGCUACGGGCGUCGCCGAUGCCGGCUCUGCCGAGCUCAGCCUUGGCGCAAAGGAGGCCGCCUCUUCGCCGGUGAGCCACACCAGUCCCUGGCCCUAUUUCGAGAUCCUAAUCGUGAAUCGUGGCUACUACGGGUCGAUUGCAGUCGGUUUGGGUGCCAAGAACCAUCCUGCCACGGCCAAGCCCGGUUCUGUGCUCGGGUCGUACGGUUGGCACGGCGACGGGAACAAGUGGGCCCACGGCAAGAGCUCCCUCUACCCGGCCAAUGCCGAGUCAUUCGACGAGGGGGACGACGGCUCCGAGUUGUACUUCAACACGGGCGACGUCAUCGGCUGUGGCUUCAACGACGUCACCUCGGAGGUCUUCUACACCAAGAACGGCCUUUUCCUCGGGGUGGGCCACACGGAGGUGUCGAUCCAGCCUUCGGAGCCCUUGUACGCUGUCGUCUCACUGGCCGGACCGCAGGAAAAGGUCUGGGCCAACUUCGGCCAGGCCCCGUUCCUGUGGGACUUCCAAUACCACCAGGCCCAGCUCUCGGCACGACAAAACUCGCUUGACACGCCUCCCUCGUUCUUCCUGAAGUCAGCCAAGCUCUCUUGA